UUGAUUAAAGCCGAGUCAAAGCGGUUCAACUUGUAGUCCAUCUAAAGAACAAUACUUAAUCUCACAAUGACCCAGACCCGAGUGUAUGUGGUUGGUGUUGGCAUGACCAAGUUCGAGAAGCCUGGUCGCCGCACCGAUAUUUGCUAUCCGGACUUUGCCAAAGAGGCAGUCACAAAAGCACUCCAGGAUGCCAAGCUUCAGUACACGGAUGUGCAACAGGCUGUUGUGGGCUAUGUCUAUGGCGACUCCACUUGCGGCCAGCGGGCGCUCUAUGAGGUGGGCAUGACGGGCAUUCCCGUUUACAAUGUGAACAACAACUGCUCCACAGGCUCGAGUGCCCUGUAUUUGGGCAAACAGAUCAUCGAGUCGGGCAACGCAGACUGUGUCCUGGCUCUGGGCUUUGAGAAAAUGGAGCGUGGCUCGUUGGCGUCGAAGUACUUUGAUCGUGCCAAUCCCAUGGAACGGCACAUCACCGAAAUGGGAGAGCUGACAGAGAUCGGACCUGGACCAAUGGCUGCACAGAUCUUUGGCAACGCUGGCAAGGAGCACAUGAAGAAGUACGGCACCAAGCCGGAACACUUCGGAAAGAUUGCCUGGAAGAAUCACAAGCACUCGGUUAAUAAUCCGCGUCGUCAUGGUUUGGAAAAGCAGGCCGUCGAGAUUGUGGGCAUGGAGAUGGCCAGCGAUCCCGAGUCGACCUUUGCUGACAAGAGCCUCAUGAAGAUUGCCGGCUACGACAUGACUCGACUUGCCGCUCAGCGCCUGUUCGCCAAGAGCGGUUUCAAGCCACAGGAUGUGCAGGUCGUGGAGCUGCAUGAUUGCUUCUCGGCCAACGAGCUGAUCACCUACGAGGCCUUGGGUCUAUGUGGUGAGGGCAAGGCUGGCGAGUUUAUCGAUAAUGGAGACAACACGUAUGGCGGCAAAUUUGUGAUCAAUCCCAGUGGAGGCCUCAUCUCUAAGGGACAUCCCUUGGGCGCCACAGGCUUGGCUCAGUGCGCCGAGCUGUGCUGGCAACUGCGUGGGUUGGCUGAGAAGCGGCAGGUGCCUAAUGUCAAGUUGGCCCUGCAACAUAAUCUGGGUCUGGGUGGUGCCGUUGUGGUAACUCUCUAUCGUCUGGGCUUCCCAGGUGCCGCUGGCGCGAAGCAGAACAAGACCGCUGCCGCAAAGAAUGCGACCAGCGAGGAGGGCUUCAAAGUGUCGCCGCUGCUUAAGCUGCUCGAGCAGGCCAUGCAAGAGGACCAAGACAAUCUAAUUGAAAAGGUGCGUGCUGUGUAUGGCUUCAGGGUGAACAAUGGACCCCAAGGUCAGACCGGUUUCUGGGUAAUUGAUGCUAAGCAAGGCAAGGGCAAGGUCAUUUUCAACGGAACGCAAAAAUGCGAUGUUACCUUUAUAAUCAGCGACGAUGAUGUGUAUGAGCUGCUGUUGGGCAAACUGCCGCCCCAGAAGGCCUUCUUCCAGGGCAAGAUCAAGAUUCAGGGCAACAUGGGCUUCGCCAUGAAACUGUUGGACCUGCAACGCUCAGCGCAAGGUCGCAUCCAGGAGCUGCGCUCCAAGCUUUAAGCAAACGGAGCAUUCCAUUGAUAUUUGCAAUUAAUUUGAGGUGGGCUUUUUUAAAACGGUUUAUAUACAUAUAGAAAUAUUA